ACGGUCGGUGAGCGCAUGCGUGCGGCCGCGGUGCGGGCUGGGUGUCGGCUUGUCCUUGCUGGAGCUGCCGGAUCCAGACGGGAAGUUGCGGGCAUGUUCGCCGCCAGGAUCUGCUCCAUACUCCGACCCGGUGCCUUGCCCUCGGCACGGGCAGUGCUUGCUAGGGGCUAUGCCGAGGCGGCACCGGCUUCGGCCUCCGCCGUCAGGAUGUCCUUCACCUUUGCUUCUCCGACCAAGGUAUUCUAUAAGGAAGCGAAUGUUAAACAAGUAGAUGUUCCAACACUGACUGGAAGCUUUGGUAUUCUACCAGCUCAUGUGCCCACGCUUCAGGUGCUAAAACCUGGAGUUGUCACUGUCAUUGAUGAGGAGGGUGGUCAGACUAAAUAUUUUGUGAGCAGUGGUUCUGUGACAGUGAAUGCAGACUCCUCGGUUCAGCUGUUAGCUGAAGAGGCAACAGUCUUGGAGAAUUUGGAUGUCACUGCUGCAAAGGCCAACCUGGAUAAGGCUAACGCUGAACUUUCAACUGCCACUGACGAGGUGGAACGUGCGGAAGCAUUAAUUAAUGUAGAAGCCAAUGAAGCAAUCAUAAAAGCACUGGAAUAGCUUGACCUCUGGGAUGUGCAGUAUGUCGUGAGACAUUUCGACCAUCAUUUGGGAAGAAGACCCUACUUUGUACAGUUAAAUGCGCUGAUUUUAUCAGAAUAAAUAUAUGAAAAUGGA